AUGCUGCGGGCGCUGUGCAGCGUGGGGCGCCACGCCGACGCCCUGACCUACCUGGCAGGCGUGCCCACCAAGCGCCAGCGCACCCACAUGUACACGCUGCUGAUGCGGGCCUGCAACGAAGCAGGGGCGCUGGGGGUGGCGCGGGAGUGCCACGACAUGUUCCUGCGGCGGCGCCACACCCCCGACGCCCGCCUGGCGGCCGAGGUGGUCAUGCUGCUGGGGCGCAGCGGGGAGGUGGCGGCCGCGGAGGCCGCCUGGCGGCACGCGCUGGGCGCGGCGCGGGGCGAGGAGGAGCACGCGUGCCUGCACGCCGCGCGCGCGGCGGCGCUGGCCCGGGCCGGCCAGCUGCCGGCGGCCGUGGCGGCGCUGGAAGCGAUACUAGACCGCUUUGCCGACCUGCUACCUGUGGAUGCAUCCUUCUCUCUAGACAGCGGCGACAGUGGCGGCGGCGACGGCGACGGCGACCAGCAGCGGUGGCGGGAGCAGGCGGCCCACCCGCCGCCGGUGCGGUACAUGCAGCACGCGCGCAACGCGGUGCUGGCGGCGGCGCAGGCGGCGGGGGACGCGGCCGCCGUGCGCCGCGUCACGGGGCUGGCCACCCUGCGGGGGCUGCCCCCAGACCUGGCCACCUACCAUUCCCUCCUGCGCGCCGCCAUCGCGCACGGCGACGGCCUGGCGGCGGUGCAGGAAGGCGUGGAGGAGCUGCGGAGGCUGGGCAUGCGCCCCACCCGAGAGACAUACUCCAUCCUGCUGAGGGCCUGUGCCGUGGAGGGCGACCCUCAGGCCGCCCAGGCGGUGUUUGAUGGCAUGCCCGCCAGAGGGGUGUCGCAGACGAGGGUCCACCACAACGCCCUCCUCCACAUCUACUCUCACGCGGGAGACCUACAGGGCGUGGAUGGCGCGUACCGCCGCAUGCGCGCCGCCGGCUUCGCCCCCGACGCCUCCACCUUCCAGGCUCUGCUGUCCAGCAUCAAGCACUGGGCGGCGCUGGAGACCGCGGCGCGGGUGGAGGGCGAGGGCCCUGCCCCGCAGGUGGAGCGCACGAUGCAGCGCAAGGCGGCGGGGGCCCUGCUGGCGGGCUGGGUGGCCGACCUGGACGCCGCGCGCCCCUGCCAGCUCACCCCCGCCCUCUUCACCACGCUGCUGCACGCCUACAGCCAGUGCGGGGAGAUACACAGCGUACUGCUGCUCAUGCGGGACGCCUGCGGCUGCCAGCUGGCGCCGGACACCAGCCGCCAGCUGGAUGCCGCACCCUGCGGCAGCAGCGGCAGCCGCGGUAGCGGCAGCAGCGUAGCAGGCCGCGCGGCAGCGGCCGACGUGCCGGCAGCCAAUGCAGCGGCAGGCGGCGGGGCGGGAGGGGAGGCGCGGGUGGCGCGCAGCAGCGGAGACGGCGAGGCAGCACCGCUGGCUGCUGACGUGCCGCCCGAGGGCGGCGGCGGCACAAGGAGCGGGGCCGAGGCAGCCGGCAGCAGCGGCGGCGGCGGCACCGCACCGCGGGCCGGCCCGCUGAGCCAGAGGACGCUCCAGCGGGCGCACCUGGCUCCCAGCCUGCCUGUCUUCAACGCCGCCAUCGGCGCCUGCACUCGCGUGGGGCGCUGGCACAUGGCAGACGCGGUGGCCCUCCUGCACUCCAUGAUGAGCGCAGGGCUGUCCCCAGACGUCCACACCUACACCUCCCUCAUCUCCGGCUGCGCCUUUGGGCGGCAGGCGGCGCUGGCGCGCGAGCUGUGGCGACAGAUGGAGGAGCGGGGCAUACGCCCCAACAUAGUCACCCACAACGCCAUGGUCAAGGUGGAGCUGUUCACGUAUGGCGUGGAUGCGGGCACCGCCUACCUGCGCCGCAUGGUGCAGCAGGGGCUGGACCCCGACCGAGCCUCCUGGAGCACGCUGCUCGUGGCCGCGCGGCUGGCCAAGCGGGGGGACGUCGCCGACAUGGCGCUGCAGCAGCUGGCGGGGCGGGAGGAGGAGGAGGAGGCAGCGGCGGCAGAGGCGGCUCGGCUGGAGGAAGCCGCCGCCGCGGUGGCGGCGGCUGCGGGGGUUGCAGUGCUAGACGACCAUCGCUGGCACGGCUACUAUGAGCAGCAGGAGGAGGAGGAUGAGUGGUAG